AUGAUCCCCGAGACUCAGAUUCUAGUGCACAUCGCCGCCGCCAGCACCGCACAAGAUGAUGCCCGGUAUAGGGCACAAGUUGCCGCUAUCCUGGAAUUUCAGUGUGCCUCACGCCAGCCACUGAUGGAGACGGACAAGUCCUCACCUCCCACCGAUCCAAACACCGCGCAUCCCUUCUCUGCCGGUGCCGCGGUGCAUUCCUCGGUGCCCUCGACGACUGAACACGAGGCCUCGCCAAUAUUGCGGGAGGCGCCCCGGCCCGCAUACGCGACCUUAUCCUCGGAUCGUCGCUUGAUCCGUGAGAGGGAUGGCGCGUCUCCACGCCAUCCCAUCAUCUCAAAUCAUCCAGACUCGCUAGAGAGUCUCAUCAGCGUCAUCCCAGACUCCCAACCUGAGAUCGCCGACGAACUAGUCCACGCCGAGCAAUCUCGUGCAGAACUAUCGUCUCCAUCGCAGCUCGCUCCACCUCCUAAAAGACGUCGCACAGCCCCGGCUUCCCCUGAUCCGGCUCAACCGAUUUUAAUUGCUGACUCUCCUGCAUCGGACCAGCCCGCUGCAUCUCACAGGGUGAUCCCCAUCGAGAACGAAGAAUAUCUCCUCCCCAGUGGUUCCCCCCAAAUCCCCAUCCAAAUAUCCAGCUCAGAUCCAGAAGAAGGCCCAGACUGCGCCAUCACUCACCCUACCACACACUCACAUCACAUUCCGGCCAACACCCCAACCCCUAAUCUCAUCAAUCUAUCCUCCCUCCCUCUCGAAAUCCACCCCCCAAGACCCCCAAUCUCCACUGCCCCUUUCACUACACACAUAACCCCAACCCUAUCCAUGCUCGCAGGGCGUCUAAACCCAACACGAACAUACAAACCAUCCACUCAAACCCGUCCCCUCGACCCCCUAGAACGGGGCUACUGGCUCGUGCACCUCGCUAUUGAACAACCCCAAAACCGAGACCGAGAUCCAGCCGAUCUUCUCCCAGAUCCAAACCUAAAUCCCAAGUCUGGAGCUACUAAUUCCACUCAAAACCAAACCCUGAAGCCAAAGUCAAAAGAGAACACACGCACCUGGCCUUACCCACUCUUCCACACCUUCUGGUCCUUCCUCUCGGACUUCGUAGGCAAAGACGGCCGUGCGGGCUGGGGCGUCUGGUGUAUUCUCGAAGCUGCGCCGGCCCCGUCAACGCUCUCGUCUGACACGCACGUCUCUCUUAAAGUCUAUGUGUGGGGUGAAGUCGCUAUGCACGUCUACCUUCUGCUCUUCUUGGCGAGUGAGCGGCGGAUUCGUGGGAUGGGUGUUCAGUGGCGGGAUUCGCGGGAGGAGGUUGUUAUUCAGAUGCCGUAG